GAUCAGAAGAAACCCUCCGAUCACGUACCCGAAGGAUAACCCUCCGCGGUAUCCCGGGAGUGAAGGCCCACAAGCCUACCCAUCUCUGGCGAAGACAGUCCUGAUUAUGAUAUCGCUGUACGUUUCAAUCUUCCUCGUUGCGCUCGACAGAACGAUUCUAGGACCAGCAAUUCCUUCCAUAACAAACCAAUUCAACAGCAUAACGGACAUUGGCUGGUACAGUUCAGCCUACAUGCUCACGUCCUGCGGCUUCAUCCUCCUAUAUGGCCGGUUUUACACGUUCUUCCCCACGAAACCAGUGUUCAUGUCUGCCAUCUUUCUCUUCGAGAUUGGGAGUGCUCUUUGCGGUGCGGCGCAGAGCAGCAUCAUGUUGAUUAUUGGCAGAGCGAUCGCAGGUCUGGGUAGCAGUGGGGUGUUUACAGGAGCAAUUCUCAUCAUGCUCAACACAGUCCCAUUGCACAAGCGACCCUUGCUGCAAGGCCUGUUCGGUGCUUGUUUCGGUGUCGCAAGCGUGACAGGGCCAUUGCUCGGAGGUGCUUUUACGGAGAGUGGACUGACGUGGAGAUGGUGCUUCUACAUAAACAUUCCCCUUGGAGGCAUCACUAUCGUGGUGGUCAUGUUCCUACUGAAGUUGAAAGAGAACAAGCCGCCAAUCAAAGGAUGGAAGGACACGAUCCAACGUAUGGAUCCGCUUGGAGCCAUAUUGUUCCUUCCGAGCAUCACUUGCCUGUUGCUGGCUCUGGAGUGGGGCGCUGCAGAGUACAAGUGGAGCUCACCGCGGAUCAUUGCGCUGCUCACCACCUUCGCAUUCUUGUUUACAGCCUUCGUGGCUUGGCAGUACUACACUCGAAACACCACAGCAACGUUGCCUGCUCGCAUCCUUUUCCAAAGAAGUAUUGCAUGCGGCUGUGCAUCGCAGUUUUGCGUUGGCGCUGCGAUGCUGACAGUGUCCAUUUACAUGCCGCUUUGGUUCCAAGCCAUCAAGGGAGUUUCCGCGUUCCAGUCUGGCGCCAAUUCUCUGCCCCUCGUGCUCUCGACCGUUGUUGCUUCGGUUGUAUCGGGCGGAUUAAUCCAACAUUUCGGAUAUUACGCCCCUUUCAUGAUCAUCGGAUCUUUUUGCAUGGCAGUCGGUACUGGUCUAAUCACGACAUUAGCUGUCCACACCGAAAAUGCCAAAUGGAUUGGCUACCUGAUCGUGUUGGGCGUAGGUGUCGGCUUCUCCAUGCAGCAUGCCAAUUUGGCUGUACAAGUGAUUUUACAGAAGCGCGACAUCCCAAUCGGCACUGCCAUGUUGUCGCUAUGUCAGACGCUUGGUGGCGCAGUCUUCACUGCUGUUGGCCAAAACUUAUACAUCGACAAGUUCUCCAAGGGUCUGCAAGAUAUCGAAGGCAUCGACAUUGGCCAUGUUAUGCACUCUGGAGCCACCGAAUUGACACGUAAUGUAGCUCCUGAGCUUCGAGAAAGAAUUUUGGAGGCCUACAAUCACGCCUUGACACAUGGAACGUUCCUUGCGGUGCUCUUUGUCGCUUGCUUGGCGGUACCUGCAGCUCUGGGUAUGGAAUGGCGAAGCGUGAAGAAAGCUCCGCCAAAGCCACAAAGGGGAGGCGCGCAAGAUAUGGAAAUGGGUGAAAAUAAGAAGGGGGGACCUACCAAAAGUAUGAGCGCCCCGAGGCGUGAGUCUCAGAAAGAUGCUAUCAGGCUGGAUGACGACCACACUAUCACAUCGCCAGUUAUCCAAUCGCCAGUUAUCCAAUCGCCAGUUAUCCAAUCGCCAGUUAUCACAUCGCCAGCGCCAACCUGGAAGAGGAUGUAUCGAUCGAGCGGAUACUUCUCACAGUGGAUGACUGCGAAGGUUAAUCCUGAUCUACGAUCGGAGCUCGAGUCCACAAGGGAGUGAAGGGCUACGCGAAAUCGUAAAGGCUGGAGAUGGGCUGUACACAUCCGUUCAUGUUUCUUUUUGACAUAAACGGUUAUAGAUGUAUUCGUAACUUGAUUUGGUAGACAGGCGUUCCGGGGGUAGUGCCUAGUUCUAUGCAAUCGGUAAUCCAUGGUAUUUAUUGAUAUCGUAUAGAGUGCCAAAGGCUCUGGGUCCUCACCAACUUGCGUGGAAUCCUCUGUUACUGUUACUACCUGACGCAUCAAGUCGCGCUUAGGAGGAUGUAGUCGACUCGAAAGACGGUGGUUCAUUGGUUCUUUCUCGCAUCUACAAAUUCAACAUAUCUUUGUACCC